CUGCCUUCCUCCUGGGCCUGCGGCGUGCCGGGCGCGGCCGGCCUCUUCCCCGACGAGCUGGGCCCGGGGCCCCCGGAGCCCGUGGGGUGCCCGGAGGACGGCCCCCGUCUGCGAGCCGUGUUUGACGCGCUGGACGGGGACGGGGACGGCUUCGUCCGCAUGGAGGACUUCGUGCAGUUCGCCACCGCCUACGGGGCCGAGCAGGUGAAGGACUUAACUAAGUACUUGGAUCCCAGUGGGCUCGGUGUGAUGAGUUUCGCGGACUUCCUCCAGGGGAUCACGGCCAUCAGGAAUGGAGAUCGUGAUGGAGAGCUGUGCAGUGUGCCCCCCGACCAGAUUGGAGAGCCCUCAGUCUGCCCCGUUGAGUUUGAUGACUUUAUCACCUAUGAGGCCAACGAGGUAACAGACAGCGCCUACAUGGGCUCUGAGAGCACCUACAGCGAGUGCGAGACCUUCACCGAUGAGGACACUGGCACCCUGGUACACCCUGAACUGCAGCCUGCAGGAGAUGCCGACAGUGCAGGGGGCUCGGCCGCACCUUCCGAGUGCCUGGACACCACGGAGGAGACUGGCCACGGUGCCCUGUUGCUUCUCCCCGGCAGGUCUCACCCACGUGGUCAGUCUGUUGUCAUGGUGAUUGGCAGCGAGGAGCAUUUUGAGGACUACGGGGAAGGCAGCGAGGCGGAGCUGUCUCCAGAGACCCUCUGUGAUGGGGAGCUUGCGUGCAGUGACCCUGCUUUCCUCACCCCCAGCACCGGCCCCCUUGCUGCCAAGCUGCACGGCGUCCUCACUGACGAGGCUUUUGAGUUUUACUGUAGCCAAUGCCACAAGCAGAUCAACCGCCUAGAGGACCUGUCUGCUCGCCUGAAUGACCUUGAGAUGAAUAGUCCGAUGAAGCGGCUCUCCAGCAGGAAAGUGGCAAGAUACCUGCACCAUUCGGGGGUCCUGACCAUGGAUGCCCUGGAGGAGCCCCCGCUAGAGCCAGUGGAGUGCCCUGAGGAGGACAUUGCUGACAAGGUCGUCUUCCUGGAAAGACGAGUGUCCGAGCUGGAGAAGGACACUGUGGCCACUGGGGAGCAGCACAGCCGGCUGCGGCAGGAGAACCUGCAGCUGGUGCAUAGAGCUAAUGCCCUGGAGGAGCAGCUCAAGGAGCAGGAGCUGAGAGCCUGCGAGAUGGUCCUGGAGGAGACGCGACGGCAGAAGGAGCUGUUGUGCAGGCUGGAGCGGGAGAAGAGCAUCGAGAUCGAGAACCUGCAGGCCAGGCUGCAGCAGUUGGACGAGGAGAACAGUGAAUUGCGGUCCUGCACACCCUGUCUGAAGGCCAGCAUUGAGCGCCUAGAGGAGGAGAAGCAGAAGUUGCUGGAUGAGAUUGAGGAGUUGACGCUGCGGCUCAGGGACGAGCAGGAAAAGAAGAGGAAGAUGAGGGACAAGCUGAGUCAAGAGAGGCACCAGUUCCAGAGGGACAAGGAGGCCACGCAGGAGCUGAUUGAGGACCUCCGUCGGCAGCUGGAGCACCUGCAACUGUUUAAACUGGAGACGGAGCAGCGGCGGGGCCGCAGCAGCAGCGCUGGCCUGCAGGAAUACCACACACGUGCCCGGGAGAGCGAGCUGGAGCAGGAGGUCCGCCGGCUGAAACAGGACAACCGCAGCCUGAAGGAGCAGAAUGAUGAGCUGAAUGGGCAGAUCAUCACGCUGAGUAUCCAGGGCGCCAGGAGUCUCUUCUCCACGUCCUUCUCCGAGUCCCUGGCCGCUGAGAUCAGCUCCGUCUCCCGUGACGAGCUCAUGGAAGCAAUCCAGAAGCAGGAAGAGAUCAACUUCCGUCUGCAGGACUACAUCGACAGGAUCAUCGUGGCCAUUAUGGAGACCAACCCAUCCAUCCUGGAGGUCAAGUAGGGACAGAAGGCCCAGCCUGGGCUGGAGCUGCGACCAGUCACCCCCACAGCUGCUCAAGCCGCAGGCACACGAGGACCCUUUGUGCAUUUGGGCUGGGGCACUGCAGGGCAGUGGAAAAGCAGAAGAGGCAGGGGUGCCCCAGUCUGGAAUGCACAGCAGGGAAGAUGUGGCAGGGCCAUUGUCUGCUUGGACCUUGCUGGGGCCCCCAGCCUGAGUUGGUGCACUGAGAGUUUCUCUUGCGUUUCUGUUCAACAGACUCCUGGGCCUCUGCUGAGAGGUGGUGACAAUUUCUGUAAUGUCCUUGCUGGUAGAUCCCUUCUUCCACUGUCCAGCCCUUACAGGCAAAAAGAACAAAAUGGGCCCCCACCCAAGGUGCUGCCACUGCCCCCAAGUGCCCAUAUGCAGUGCCGCCCAUGCCUGGGUGCUCUGGGGUACCAACCUGCAUCUUCAAGUUGGAAAUGAUGGUGCUGGAGAGUCAGAUGGAUGAAGCGGGCACCAGCCGGAUGAGGCCACUUCGGUUCUGAUUCUGGCCCCAGGAGCCUCCUCACCAUGCAGCCUGUUUGUGACCCAAGUUUGGCCAAGGUAACUCUUGGGGUCUCUGGCCCUCCUAGGAAGAGCUGGGCAGGAGCCUGAGGGGCCCCCCUGCUCUGAAACCAGCACUUGAGAUGCGGACUGGUGGAGCUCAGUCCCCUGGAGCAGGUGCUGCUGCUCCCCAGCGGUGGCCAGAGCUGGCCUCCCAGAGUCCACACUCCCUGUCCCUCGCUGUCCAACUUAGAAAUGUUCUUUCCCAGGGAGGGCGGCUCUGCAGGGCCGCAGGAAGCCAAUGGGGAGGUGCUCACCUGUGGGCAGGAGCAUUCCUGGAUGAGGCCUCUGAGCCAGAGCCCGGCCCAGGAUGCCUGUGUGUCCUCAAAGGCCAAGCCCACCAGGCCUGGCCACCUGUAUGUGUCCCUCCUCCCGUCAUGUGGCCCCUCUAAGAGAUGUUGCCUCAUGUUGUACAUUUUUGGGGAGGCUUGGGUGUAAAUCAGUGUAAACAUUGAGGAGAGAUUUUUCUAUCAUGUAGAGUAGGUAUUUUUUAUAGAUUGAAGGUUGAUCAAUUUUUUAACACUUUCAAGAGAGAAAACUAUGUGUAUACACAUGAAAUAUAUAUAUAUGUAUGUAUGUAUGUAUAUUCUAUAAAUACCAGAGCCCUGCCUGUCUGUGCCCACCCCACGUGGGCCAGUGCCUGUAAAUACAAAUGCCAGGAGACCACCGGGAGCACUCAGCACUGCGCCCACUGAGUUAUUCAGGAUGUGCCCCUCUCUGGAUGCAGGGAUGCCCUACAUCCUGCACUACAGAGUAAAGCUGUUACUGUAACCCUGAGGCCGGCUCCUUCCUCUGCAGGGAUGUGGGGGCGGGGAUAGCGCCCAGAGACCCCACCUGGCUCCACAGGCUGGCCAAGCCAAGCCUCUCCCUGAGGCCCCAGGACUUAAUGCCCCCCUGGCUGGGGCCUGGAUCCCAAAGUUAUAUGCUGAGGAGUGCAGCUGAGACCAGGGAAAGCCCCCCUACGAGGGGAGAUCCCCUGUGGGUCACCAGGGAGCAUGGAGAGGGUAGGAGUGUGCAGGAUGGUGGGGAGGCAAUCCCUUGAGGGCCACUAACAAAGCCCCAGGGACACUCCAUCUGAGGUCACUGGUCAGAGCGAGAGCAGGCCUGCUGAAGGCUUCAGAGGCCCCCGUGGCCACAGCAGUUAACAGGGCAGUGUCCAUGUCUGACAACAGAGGAUGCUGGGAAAGCUGCCCACCCAGCCUGCUUGUAGGUGCUCCCAGCUACAGCCCUCAGGCCAGCAGGUGUCCACAGUCACCCUGCCCAGCUCAGGACCACUGGAUACUGGGAGUAGGACUAAGGCAAGCGGAGCAGACACAUCUCCAGUGCCGUGUUCCCGUCCCAUCUGUGUCCGUGCACCGCUUCCAGGCAGCUGCAGGACCUGAAGAAGCCAGAGUGGGGAUCCAUGGUGAUGGCCAAGGAUCCAUGUUGGUACCCCACCAGCCUGGGGCACCUCUGAUCCAGGCUGCCCCUCGGGCAGGCAGGGCCUCCGCGCUCACCACUCACUGUGUGUGUCUGUCUCCAGCCCAAGGGAGGGACACGUGAUGAGCACUGAGAGAGGGUUCCUGGAGGCAGCCUGUGCCAGCCCGCUGGGCACCACAGCAGAGUUCCCCUGGCUAACUGGCUCCUGACAUUGCAUAGCAAGCUAGCACUUGCACAUACCAAACCCUCUUCAGGUCUGCCUGGUGGAAGAACAGUCUGCUAGGGCUGCACGGGGCCCACUCCAACGUGUCUGCUGAGAAUGCCGGAAAGGAGUUGGUCACCUUGGCCUUUCCGUGCCCCGAGAGGCCUGGAGAAGGUUGCACAGAGCCGGAAUCCACCCAUUGACAGAGGACCUGUACCCAGUCAGGGUCUUCCCUCGGGUGGCAGGAAA